CGGCUUACGUUUAAUUUUCCAAUAAACACUCAAAAUUAGUACAAUUUUGUUGUAAUUAUUAACAUUAUUUAUAAGAAUAAAUGUUAAUUAGUCUUUAGAGCGUUGGUUUUACUAACACAGCAUUAAUUAUGGAUCUCCACCGGCCCGUUGAUCCGAACAAGACUUACGAGGAAUUAACAUCUGAAGAAAAACUUAGAUAUGACCACCAAAGGCUGCACGAGUUACACCGAGGACACGAGGGCAUGCACACCACCAUGAUCCUCAUCCUCAUCGGAACCCUCAUAGUGGCACAGGUCAUAGUUGUUGAAUGGAAGAAGCGGCAUUAUAGGUCAUAUGCGUUCUUCACAAUGAUAGCGAUGUGGUGCAUCCCGCUGAUCAUGAGCGCGCGCAGCCACUGGUGGCGGUUCGUGGUCAUCUGGAGCGUGUUCACGCUGCUCACCGGCCUCGUCAUGAGGAAGAGCUCCAUUAAACCCAUGAGUGCUACUACACCUAGACUAGUAUACAAAUGGUUCUACCUAAUCUACAAAAUUAGCUGCUGUAUCGGCGUCAUUGGCUACGUCAUCAUGAUGCUCACAUUCCUUGGAGUCAACCUGCUGUUUGGAGCAAAACCUCAGUCAUGGAUGGACGUCGGGAUGGUGCUACUGUUCUACGGGCUGUAUUUCGGCGUGCUGGGCCGGGAUGUGGCGGAGUAUUGCGCGGACAAGAUGGCGGCGUCUAUUGGGUAUUACACACAAGAGGGCAUCCCGACGCGGCAGCUUGAGAGCGACGUGUGCGCCGUAUGCGGAGACAAGCUGCUUGUAGCUGUCAAUGAAGAAGGUGUUAUAGAGAACACGUACAAGCUGUCAUGCGGGCAUGUGUUUCACGAGUUCUGCAUCCGCGGCUGGUGCAUCGUGGGCAAGAAGCAGACCUGCCCGUACUGCCGAGAGCGCGUCGACCUCAAGCGGAUGUUCACCAACCCUUGGGACCGACCGCACCUCCUCUACGGGCAGCUCCUUGAUUGGCUGCGCUGGCUGGUUGCCUGGCAACCGCUCGUCAUGUUCCUCGCGCAGGGCAUUAACUGGCUCUUCGGGUUGGAGUGAGACACCAACACUUUCUACCUCACUUUCACAUGCCUUGAUAAUUAAGCUUGUUGCGUCUUACGGUCGAUAGCGUACGUUUGAGAAGAUUCCGCAGUACGUCUCUUAUAACCAGUGAUCGGAUGGGAGUAAAACUUUAACAAAACCUGCUAUGUGGACAUUUUAGAGUACUUACAGCCAUGAAAAUAUUAAUAUCCUUGUAGUAAUGUAUUGGGAAUUUUGGAUUCAGGUAUAGAAUCAAAUUUAACACUGACUUGAAAAUAAUUAUCUUGGUUUUAUUUUAAAUUUAUGUCAGCUCUAAGGUUUUGUUAAAGUUUUACUCCAAUAGUUCCGAUCACUGCUUAUAACCAGAGAUCGGACAGUAAGAUGUCAUUUAUUAAACAUUUUCAGAAUACGAAACGUGUUAUUAGAAAUGACGACUAGAGUCCGAUUACUGGUUACUUACGAAAGUUUCACGAUUUUUAUUCAUUAUUAUUUUUAAAAUGGAACUGAAUCUUCUCCGACGUAUCGAAGACGGCUUUCCGUAGUCUCAGUCAUAUUGGUGGAUGUUUUAACGAACGUACGUUAUAAUGAACCUUGAGAACUUUAGCUGUCAAGUUUCAACCGCCGUUCAACCUUUGGUAUAUCUGCAUCUCAUUUUUUUUACAGUAAAUUCAAAGAAUUCAAUAUAUAUAUAUACCACGACUUUAUUGCUUACACGUUAAGGUUGUAGAUAAAAUUUUUUGGCAUUUUGUCCGCAUUUAUAUUUGAUACCUUGAAUGUACGGUCAACUAAUUGGAAUCAUAAUCCACACUAGAACCCUGUCCUAUUGACACCGUGCAUUAUUGGCCGUAGAAGUCACUUUUGAUGUUUACUGGGAAAAGGUCCUACAGUGGCCUAGGAUUCAAAUUGAUGGACUGUACAUAGACUAAAGUACAGUCUACUUUUCUUCAGCAUGAAAUGGUAUUUAGUUUUUAUUUGAAGUUGUACUUUUAUUAGUACCUAUAUCUUAUGGAGAUAAUAUAAUUAAUAAAUUUAUAAUAUGCAUUAUAAUAUUGAUCCAAAUAUUUUACUUAAGGAAAAACGGCGGUUGUAAUUCGCUGCCUUGUUAAAAUAAUUUAUAACUUUCCUUGGGUUUAUAUGAACAGUGCGUCUAUAAAUGACCUGUUUUUUGUAACAUAAGGUAUACAGAUGUUGUGUAUAAUCGUUUCCAUCGUUUUUUCUCGGAAACGUUCGUAUUGGUCGUGCUAGUUCGAUCAACGUUAGUACUUGCACAGUUACUGACUGAAAUAGCAUGACACGUUAGCGAAUUUCCGUGAAAAUAUUGAAGGACUCAUUUUGCGCUACAUCUGUAUAAUUUAACUGUAGGAAAAGUUAUUUGAAUUUGUUGCUCCGCAAUCCGGCUUAUGUCUGUUAAUUAUCAUUAUCAAUGAAGACUGUAAAGAAAAAAAUAAAAAAGGUCCUUAGAAGACAUUCUCUCGAUCGCUGGCAUAAAGUUUGUCAAAAUAACAAAUUACAAAUUAUUUAAUAUUGUCUUCGGUUACCGCAAUAGUUACUCAUGAAAUAGAACUAUGGAACUAUGGAUUGUAUAACUAGCU